AUGCACAAAAUCCCUACGGAUUUGCUUAAAAACAAUUUGAACUACCUGAAAUCAUGCAUUCUCUAUGAGGUACUCAGUAAAAAACCUAUUUUUGACAGCUAUCGCCAUUUUUGUGAGACAAAUGGAGAUGAUGCGAUUGGAUACAACGAUUUUGAGUACUGGUACUAUCGAUUUUAUAGUGGAGACAUAGAUUUCGAGCAUGAGAGAAGAAUUGACUCCAAGGAGAAGGCGUUGACCGGGUUGCCGUUAGAGAUACUCGGAAUGGUGACUGGAUAUUUGGAGCCGGAAGAGAGAACCCAUCUACGACUUAUGUCCAAAAAGUUCAAAGCGAUCGUUGACAUGGAACAUGUUACUUUCAGACUAAUCGAUGUAGAAUGGACACCAAACGUCUUCCGUUUAUAUAUAAAUGAGAAUUAUUUCGAAUAUAUAAUACACAAUGGACGUUUCGUUCGAAAAGAUUAUUCUGAUGAAGGCUUAGAAAGUGCAUUGGAUCGUUUCGCUCAAGUCAUGAAACAUCCGAAACUCCAUGUUGAUCGUCUAAUCCUGAAGUUCUCAGAUGACGUGCUUCCAGAAGAAAAAGAACAAUUAUUGAAAUGCCUUCCACAUUCCUUGCACGUAGAGCAAGCGCAUGUUUACGGAAGUGUUGAGGAUACACUGACGAUUGUGUCUCACUUAAAGCCAGGAGUCCUGAAAGGAAUCCUUGUAACCGGAUGUCCUCAAGAACUAGCUCCAAUUUUUGAAUCGGAACAUUGGAAGCAGGCAGAGCUGACUAAACUGUUUUCCUGUCAAACGACUUCGAGGAUAUUUCCAAUGUUCUACAGCUUCCGUUAUUUCGAUAUACUUGUCACCUCUAUGGAAAUGAAUGAUUUGCAUCUUUUGAUAUCAAACGUUGCCAAAAACCCAUCUUUUCAAUGUUGCAUAAUAAAAGCCGUCACCGUCACGUCUCAUGAGAUUGAGGAACCUAUUCCUAUAGAAGAGAGAAUUGAGAACGAUGGAAGUCUCAGACUUCGUUAUCAGAUCCCGGAUUCUAAACACUAUUUGGAAAUUCACAUGAGGAAUGAUGGGUUUUACACUAUUCGAAGAAUUUAG